UGAUCAGCGUCUCCCCCCUUUUUUGUUUGUUUACUUGUCUGUGGAGUAUUUCCUCUCUCAUUAUCUUGCUUACUUCUUCUUGAUUCGAAUGCUGGCCAUUUUCCCAAUUUCCGCAAGAGACAAAUAUUCAAUUACAGAAUAAAAAGCCACGAGGCUGGGUUGGCCUUGAAUUCCCGACAUCAAUCAUAGGUAGGCUGGUUUGUUGGUUGGCAAAGCUGGCUGGGAAACUUGAACGACAGAACUGGGGGCGGGGAGGCAAAUUGACAAGUUCGCUGGCCCCCCACAGACGUGGGCCGAGCGGGAAUAGCAAAGCGAGCGCCUACGGACCACACCAAUAAACCCUCGGACAUUUGGGUGUGAUUUUUGUUCACCACAGCGGGGAUUAUUUUUAAUUGGACUCGUUUGCUCUCUUGUGGCUCACAUAGAGAAAGCCUCCAAAAGAAUCUCCUGGAUUUUUUGGUGUUUUUUUUCUCAUAGCACCAAGGAAAUUAAAUAUGGCGCACCACAUAUUCACACGCCGAGCAGGGGACGACUCGGCGGCACCUGCAGCUCAAGUCCCCAGGCGGGUUCUACAGCGCCGGAGCAACCCCGCAUACAAGCACACCGGCGGCCACAGAGCCCCACAGACGGCCGUCGCCGCCGCCGCCGCCGCCGCUCCUGCCAACAACACAACAACAACGACGUGGGACCAGGCAGAAGAAGCCGGCUACCCAGCGUCGAUGAGCAUAACGCAAAGGCGCCAGUCACAAUAUCAGCAGCACUCGUCUCCGUCAGAAGCAGAGCCAUGCCUCGUGCCGACGGCGUCGCUGUCCCUGUCCAUAUCGCCGUCGGGCUCGCCCGCCCCGUCUGUUUUUAGCAGCACCAGCGGCGGCGGCGGCUUCGACUCGCUCCUCGCGCACCACAUGACGGGCGAGCAGCGGGAGCUGGCGGCCAGGCGGCGGAGCGGCGGCGGGGGAGGCGCAGAGUACGGAUCGCCGCCUCGGCUUUGGAUGCUGGGACGCAACGGGUCCGGCUGGGGCGGCGGUUCCACUACAGACUUGGGUGGGCAGCCGCGGCCGAUGAGGAAGCUGGUCAAGGAGCCCGGGACGAGCGGGUCGGGGAGGCCGUCGUUUUCGCUGGAGAUUCCAGGCGAGGACGGGGAUGAGAGGAGGAGAGGUGGUAGGCCCAGGGCGACGACGGGGGGCGCGGAGAUGAGGGUGCCUGCUGAUGAGAGGGGUGGUGCGGGUGGGUUGAUGAGGAGGAGGGUUGUUGAUCGCCUGUUUGGGCUGUAUCGGCGAGGGGAUAGGUGAUGGGAAAGAGCUCGGGGUCGCUUUUGCUUGCAUAUUGGCUGGUUUGUGUAUUUCCCUUGGGUUGUGUUCAUCUGGAGUUCUUUGGGCA